AUGUCGGACGUAUUUAGACGCAUUGGCCGCGGCGGCGCGGGUAAUUUCAUCCCUGAGAAGGAAAUUCAGGAGGCAGAACGGGCGCAACACGCUCAUGAUCCAGAGUCGCAGAAGUCUGAGGCUACAGCGGCACCAAUAGCAGAAGCCGCGGCCGCUCAUCCGCCUCAAUAUGUGAGGGUCGGUAGGGGAGGCUCAGGAAACUACACUGAGCCACCAACCAUCGCCGAGUCGCAGGACAGGCAGGAUGUCGUCGAGAGGACCAAAGCUGCCGUCAGUGCAUCUCAGGCGGGCAAGCCGAGGACAGGCUUCAGCUCCCGAGGCGGCGCUGGGAACUGGACGGAGGAUGCCCCAGCGGAUGACUCCGAGGAGGUCACAAAGCAGCAGGAGAUUGCGGACAAGGUCAAGGAGGAUAUCAACUCCAGCCUGCCGCCCCCGCCAAAGACAUAUCACCAGCACGACAGAGACAUGGAGUGA